GAAAUAGCGCGGACGGGAUUAUCACGGUGAAGUGAAGUGGUGUUGGCCAAUGACGGUUAGAAAACUGGGAAAAUGGGUGAGAAGGGAAGCGACACUCUCUCUCUCUCUCUCGCCUAUGAACGGUUAUAAGAGAUGCUCAUGUGCUCGGCUAUCCUCCUGGAGCGCCGCGACUUUGACGUCCAUGGCUGCUUCGCUUUUCCUUAGCCAGGACCUUCUCUGUGCGUCAAGUCAAGAUGGGGCAGUUCCUCUCGACGUCGUCCAAGUCAACCAGCCGAAUCCUCCCCCGUAAAACCGAACACGACAUCACCGAGUCAUGUUCAGACCUGGGCCAUCCCCAGACCCCCCUCGAUGGACUCCCCGUCUUGAAGAAGGCCAAAGGCCACUACUGGUACCCUGUUAAGGGCCCCAAGAUCCUCGAUGCUUGCGGCGGGGCCGGCGUGGCCUGCCUUGGACACGGCUGCCGGGACAUCAUCAAGGCCGUGACGGCCCAGAUGGAGUCGUACACGUACGCUUCGUACGCCCACUUCCAGACGACGCCUGUCCAGGAGCUCUCGGACUGGCUCAUCAAGAGCACCGGCGGCCAGAUGCAGAAAGUCUACGUCAUGUGCUCCGGCUCCGAGGCGAUAGAGGCAGCUCUGAAACUCUCUGUCGAGUACUUCCGCUGGAAGGGCGAGCCAGAGCGCGUGAACUUUAUCGCCCGCCAUGACUCGUACCACGGCACCACCCUCGGGUCCCUCUCUGUCUCAGGCCACCACACCCGCCGCGCGCCCUUCCACCCGCUCCUCUCCCCGUCCCACUUCCACCACAUCCCCGCCUGCAACCCCUACCGCGAGGAGGAGGGCCAGUACCAGCCCCAGCAUCCCAGCAACAACAACACCACCACACCCUCCCCAACAACAACCCCCUCCUCCUCCUCCCCCCCCUCCGCAGCCUCCGCAGCAGCCGCCUACCUCUCCCACAAAACCGCCCAACUCGAAGCCGCCUUCGCCCGCCUCGGCCCGCACACCGUCGCCGCCGUCGUCCUCGAGCCCGUCGUCGGCGCCGCCCUCGGCUGCAUGCCCGCCCCCGCCGGCUACCUGGCCGCCAUGAAGGCGGUCUGCGCCCGGCACGGCGCGCUGCUGGUGCUGGACGAGGUGAUGUGCGGCAUGGGGAGGGUGGGGAGUACGCAUGCGUGGCAGGGGGAGACUAAUGAAGUAGGAGAGGGGGUGGGGGUGGUGCCGGAUCUGCAGGCGGUGGCGAAGGGGUUUGCGGGCGGGUACGCGCCGGCGUCGGCGCUGUUGGUGGGGGCGCGGGUGGCCGGGUUGAUGGAAAGGGAGGGGCGGGUGUUUACGCAUGGGCAUACGUACCAGAAUCACCCGGUCGUGGCGGCGGCGGCGCUGGCGGUGCAGCGGGCGGUGGAGAGGGAGGGGUUGUUGGAGAAUGUGCGCGUGCAGGGGGCGCUGUUGGGGAGGUUGCUGAGAGAGCGGCUGAGGAUGCACCCGAAUGUGGGUGAUGUGAGGGGGAGGGGGCUGUUUUGGGGUGUGGAGUUUGUGAAGGAUAGGGGGACGAAGGAGCCGUUUGAGCCUGGGCUGGGGGUUGCUGAAAAGGUGCAUAAGACGGCGGUGAGGGAGUUUAGGGUGUUGGUAUACCAUGGUCAGGGGUGCGCUGGGGGUGGACGGGGCGACCAUAUCAUGAUCAUGCCGGCGUACAAUAUCUCGGCCAAGCUGGUGGCCGAGAUUGUGGAGAGGGUGGCGGGCGCGAUCGAGGAGGUGUUUCGAAGGUUGUAAAGUUAACUCCUUCGCAGUACUUGACCAAUACACCUCCCAUCCAUCCCUAGCCAAACUCCAAGAAAGCCAUGCACCAACACCGAAACAAAAAGACAGACAGACCCCCCAACCAAUCCACCCCCUACUCAACCCCCAACACCCUCAACGCCUCCCCAAAAUCCGGCACUUCAUCCGCACUCCCCGCCGGCCUCGACCACCUCACCACCCCAUCCGCAUCAACCGCAAACGCCCCCCCAAUCUGCCACCGACUACCACUCUGCGCACUCCGGU